GCGGUGCGUGCACACCAGAGAAGACGCAAGCGCCGGAGCAAGAAGGCACGCUGGAAACGACGUACCUCAUUCCUAAAGAAUUGAAAGCGCCCAGACCGCAGAACACGGACUUGCAGAAGGCCCGGAGCAUUGCAGCGCUCAGCGAUGACAUGGACGUGAAGUUCUUCCCGCACUUAUUUCCUGCCGGCACGGGCGGCUGGCAGAAUGGCUAUGGGAGCAUGUCGCAGUACGCCCGCAAACGCCUCCUGGGUCUGGAUCCGCGCUUCGAGGCAUCGCCGGCCUACAUCAUGUGGCUCCUGGAGAUGCACAUUAAGAAGCGCCUCUCGGGCAACAUCAACGUGAGGAUCGGCGGCCAGCCUCCAAGUGGGAAGAGCAAAUAUCAAGAGGGCAGAGGUCAGGUGUUCACAGCCUUGAGGGACAUCCCGGGCACGAGCGCAGCCAGCCGCAUGGAGGAUGAGGCAGACGCUCAGGAUCAGCCAGAAGACACGCUCGAGGAGGACUUCAUCCAGGCGCCAGCUGCCGAUUCUGCAGGCCAACAUCGCGGGGUCCGCAAGGAAGACCCGCCGUUCCGAGUCGUGGACUACCUCAUCCGCAUCGAAUGGCAGAAGAGGGGUUACCCACACGCGCACAUCCUUCUCUGGGUUGUCGAGUGGGAGAACAAGAAGAACCCCGACCACAAGACGAAGCCGGCUCACGAAGACAAGGAGGCAGAAGCAGAGGCGCAAGUCCCAGAUUGGUCGGAUGACGAAGCGAUGAAGCAUUUUACUCCGACCUGCGCAGAAGACUGGAGCGACAAGUACAUCACCACGAAGGGUCCGCUCAGCUGGCGCCAAUCCACGAAAGUCUCGGCUCGCGACAAGGAGCUCAACGCACAGCUGGCCGAAUUACUGGUGCACAAGCACACCGAAUAUUGCGGCAUCAAGACGCACGGAGCUUGCCGCUUUGGCUUUCCCCACCGUCCGGAACCGCGCACCCGGCGCCGCAGCUCCCAAGAAAAGUAUGCCAACAGCCGUUGGAAGAGCAGCCUCGCCACGAGGCGAGCAGAGUGUGACAAAGGCAUGGGCCAGUACAACAUCAAGAUCCUACGACGGUGGCGGGCGAGCAUGGACCUGCAGGUGAUCUGCGAGCUUACCAGUGCCAGCCGCUACAUUCUAGGCUAUGCGUUGAAGUCGGAGCAGGACCAGGAGGCGCAGCGGCGCGUGGAAAGCAUCGUUGCCAGCCUCACCUCCAGCAGCGCGGCGGACGCGAGCCUCAGCAACCAGCAGAUCUACAAGGCGGCGCACGCGGCGUUGCAAGGUAGAACCACUUCCACCUUUGAGGCGUGCCACCUGUUACUGGGCUUCCCCGUCGUCCAGUUUUCCCGAGACAACGAGUGGAUCCAGGUGGGACCUCCCGAGACAUGGACCCUGUCGGUGCCAAAAUACGAGGAGAGCGCUGCCCUGCAACGGCCCGACAGCUACCGUCGCAGCAAGGUAGAUCGCGAUGGAUACAUGCCAGUGGCGCAGCGCUGGUAUCGGGAGAUGCAGAAGGCGUUCAGCGAGCAAGAAGUGAACAUUCCCGUGGAGGGCGGCAAGCUUACCACCUGUCGAUUUCGAGACCUGAACUUCCUGGAUUUCUGUGCGGCCUUCAAAUUCAUUGGGGUAGAUUUUCCGCAGUCACGGAAGCGUCCGGCCAUCGUCGCCUACCGCAACUUCAGCCCCGACGAGGAGCCGGAAGCUUUUUACUACUCAAGGCUGAUGCUGUACACCGUUUGGAAAGAUCCGGGAGAUUGGCUACGAGAAGAAGACGGCGGGAGCCACGCCGUAGCCUUUCGGCGGCUCGCCAAGGACGUGGACGGCAACCCUGGCUUCCUCCGAUCGAGAUGCUUCCCUCAGAUGGACGGGACUGUGAAC